UUCGCGGAGCGGUCGGGUGUAUUUGCCACACGCCCCCACGCCCUCGAGUCCCCGGCACCCGACCCAACGGCGGAGCCCCAGCGCUUCCCGUGGCACCCUCCCGCACCGGAUCGCUCCUCGCUGGGGCGGGACCUGGCCCGGCGGCUCCGGUCACUAUGAGUGAAACAUCUUUCAACCUAAUAUCAGAAAAAUGUGACAUUCUAUCAAUUCUUCGGGAUCAUCCUGAAAAUAGGAUUUACCAGAGGAAAAUCCAGGAACUCAGCAAAAGGUUCACCGCGAUCCGUAAGACCAAAGGGGACGGAAACUGCUUCUACCGGGCCCUGGGCUAUUCCUACCUGGAGUCCCUGCUGGGAAAGAGCAGAGAGAUCCUCAAGUUCAAAGAGCGUGUACUGCGGACCCCAAACGACCUUCUGGCUGCUGGCUUUGAGGAGCACAAGUUCCGAAACUUCUUUAAUGCCUUCUACAGCGUGGUGGAGCUGGUGGAGAAGGACGGCUCGGUGUCCAGCCUGCUGAAAGUGUUCAACGACCAGAGCGCCUCGGACCGAAUCGUGCAGUUCUUGCGCCUGCUCACGUCGGCCUUCAUCAAGAACCGAGGAGACUUCUUCCGGCACUUCAUUGACGACGAGAUGGACAUCAAAGACUUCUGCAUGCAUGAAGUGGAGCCCAUGGCCAUGGAGUGUGACCACAUCCAGAUCACAGCCCUGUCCCAGGCGCUGAACAUCGCCCUGCAGGUGGAGUACGUGGACGAGAUGGACACUGCCCUGAACCACCACGUGUUCCCCGAGGCCGCCACCCCUUCCGUUUACCUGCUCUAUAAAACAUCCCACUACAACAUCCUCUACGCAGCCGAUAAACACUGAUUAAUUUUAGGCCAUGCAGUGGAGUCUGUCACCUAAUGGGACUGCAUUCUGAAUGGAACAUUCCGGCUUUUGAAUUUUUUAAGCGAUCUAGACUGUAGCUAGGAAAUGUACAGCCUUCUGGGCAGAGCCACUGGGAAUGAGGCCUACCGAUUCUGGACUGUGGUAAUGGUGGUAUUUUUAGUAUUUAUUCUGAUGGAGGAUCACAUGCUUUCUAAUCCUGGGCCAGGAAGUGAGGGCCUCUGACUCUGCACCCCAGUUCCCUGUGAGACGCUGGGUGGGUCACCCACUCUGUUCAGACCUGUUUCUUCGACUGGAGGAGGUUCCUGCCAGUGUUGACAUUCCAUUGUACGAAAAUGGGGUCCUCUGGUUUCUCUUUACCAGGGGUAGUGCCUCUCCGCAGGGGAGGAAAACUCAAGGUCAGCUGUCUUGACUCAAGUGACUUACUUACCAGGCCUACGAAAAGGAAUCCAGUCCGGUCGGUUGUGGGACUGGGCUCUGGUGGAUGGGCUGUUGAGGUCAACUUGAAUGUGAGGGCUGCGGUGUGGUUCCAAACAUUCCUGAUGGGUGUGUUUUCCUACCCCUAACUUAAGGAGAAAAAA